AUGCCGACAAUACUAUUACCCGCCUCUGCUGCGGCCUUUGCUCCGCGAUCGACGUGCAAUGUGGUGCUCAACACCAAAGUGGAACCGUGGUUGACGGCAACCCUCAAGAGAAUCAACAAGAUCAAGCGCCCGCUCAACAGUGUCCCGCAACACACGAGGUGUCUGACCGAGACGCUCUCGUCGCCGGAUGCCAUCUGGUCUCUAUGUGCCAUCAUGGUGCCCAAGGCACCGGAAGCCGACUUACGGACAGACUCGAAUCCGCUGGUGGAAGCCAUGUUCAACUACCAACUAAUUUCCGUCGAAGCCUACGUCGUCCACGUCGACAUGGUCUCACAGAACGAGGUCGCCUUCAAGCUUACCCAAGACACAAUUGAUUCGCUGGUCGAUUAUCAUAGAGAUGUCUUUUCCAUCGACACCGCCGCAAAGACCUGGUCGUGGUCCGAGAAGGAAGCACAGCUGAAAAAAUUGCAGGAGGAGUUUGUCCAAGCUGCCAACAAGUUUGUCUAUCGGACGAAUGUCCAUGCCUUGGAGGGCAUGGAGGAAGACGGUGCGGGUGAACUCCUGUGUGGGCGGAGCGACGAGGUUCGCGCUGCCAUCAUGGGGCUCUACGUGCCACUUCUGCCUCCUCCACCAAGGAUCGUGGAUGUCGUCCGCCCGACUCCCCUGCUCCCGAGCUCGACAGGCGCCGAACAGUGGUGGCCAUCGCAACAUAUGCAGGCCAUCCAGCCGGCGCCUGUUGAGGCGUGGAAGAUUAUCCCGUCGAGCCCAAGUCCAGUCUCGUCCUGUGACUCGAAUCAGAACAUGUGGACAGGCGUGGGCAUGCACGACAUUCAGCUGCCAUCACCGACACCUUCCUUCAGCCAGCCGUACUCUUCGGCUGCUUACAGCGCUCCGCAAUAUUACAGCUCUCCAGCCUACAACACGCCGUCUACUGCACCAUCCUUCGCACCUCUCCCUCUCCCGAGUAUGUUGACUCAACAACCCUGCAGUACAUCUGCAAGUCUGAGCACAUUCGGGUGGGACCGUUAUCAAGAAUACACGAUGCCCUUUGCGACGGCCAUGUGA